GGAAAAAAUUGAUGAAUCAAUUCGUCCGUCUGUCCCGCGUAGCACCAAGACGCUCACCAUUCUCACACGUACACACACAGACACAGACAGACAGACAGACAGAGGAACAACGAAAGUCACAUCAGCGGAGUGAGAGAGGAUGGGUGGGUGGGUGGAUGGAUGGAUGCCUUCCAUGAAUCGGUCGUCUACUCACUCACUCGCUCGCCUGUCCUUUGUGUGUAUGUAUGGAGUCGACGACGUGUCGUCGACAUAAUGCUCCCAUACCCAGGCGCAUGCACGCACACAGACACACAGACACACAGACACAGACACACCACUGGCCGAUUGUGUGUGGGUGUGGGUGCAUGCGCUUCGUUAUCCAAAGAACCCGAUUAUACACCCUCCCUCACCACCCUCGCCACGCAGAAACGAAACUCGAGACACGACCAGCCAGCUAGGCCACGUUCUCCUCUGCCUCUGGCUGCUCGGCCUCAUUGUCCGUCUCGCCAUCACCAUGCUCCCCCUCUCCCUGCUGCUGCUGCUGCUGCUGGCCGUGCCCGUGCACACCCAAGGGCAGGACACUGGCGAGUAUCUCCUGGAUGAAUGCCUGGAUGGCCCUCUCCACGUCAGACAGGUGGAAGAGCAGGUACACCCCGUCCUUGCUGCUCACGGCCUCCUCCAGCAGCGUGUCGAUGGACUCGAUCACGUCCUCAGCGUCGGAAGAGCCGUCAGCGUCGGUGCCUUCUGCUGCUGCCUCGUCUCCUGUUGCCGCCGCCGCUGCUGCCGCUGCUGGUGCUUGUGGUGGUGGUGGUGCGGUCGUUGGCUCAGGCUUCGUGAGGUUCUUGCGCAGCUGCUCGAGUGUCUUUGGGGCAUCGAAGCGGAAGAGCUUGAGCGCCCUGUCGGGCGUCUCCGCCACGGGCUGCCCCGCUGUCUUGCAGGCCCUCAUGAGGCGGUCUGUCGCCCUGGAGAGGCAGCGGCUGGCCUUGAGCUCGGUCUGCGUGACCGUCACCAGUGGGAGCCCUUUCUCCUCCUCGUCGAAGAAGGCCUCGAUGGCCUCCCACGCCUGCUCCGACCGGCCAUAGAGAUACGACAGCUUCCUCGCGAAGCACAUCCUUCGGUACCUACAUGGUUGAGUCAUGAACACACACACACACAGAAGGGGUGAAUGGAUGAGCUGUCUGUCGAUGGUGUGCUGUGCAGGGGCUUGUCUGUUACAGUGUUGCGGUUCUGGGUUUCUCCUUUUCCGGCUGCACGUCAAGAAUGUCGAGCUCCUCCGACCUCCAAAAGCAAUACUCAUUGGAGGUGAGCAUGUGAGCGUACGGGUGCAGCAUCUUGCACGUCUCGGAGAGGCAGAGCAUUGACGGCGUGUCGAGGAGGGGCAGGAUGGCCGUCAGCGUGUCGCCGUACAGUGGGGUGUCGCCGAGCGACUUGUUGGGGGUCCGAUGGUCCCGCAGCUUGCAGCUCACGUGAGCCUCGAACCUGCAGCACACACACGCAGAUCCAUCGGGGGAACGACACUUGGACAAUUAUCAACUACAGGGUGCGUGUGGGUGGCUGUGGGUGCGGUGCGCACCUGUUGAGUCCCCUGUAUGUGAUCCUGGCCUGUGGCAGCGGCGUGCGCAGCACCAGCCGACCGUCAACGACGGCAGCUGACAUGUCGAAGGCGUGGCUGAAGAUCACCCACUCGGGUAGCGCGUCAGGCUGCUCCUUGAGCACGGACAGCACAUCCACCGUGGGGCCGUUGUCCCACUCAGGGAUGUCCUCCUCCUCGUCCUCCUCGUCGUCAUCAUCCGCUGAUCCAGCCUGCAGGGUGGCAUUCUCGACGAGCGACCUCACCCAAACGCUCUCGAUGCUCUCGACACUAUCGGGAUCUCUGCACACAGACGCGUACACAUCAACACAGCAGCCGUCCGUUGUUUGUGCGUACGGGGGCUUCCGUGAGUAUGAUUGUGUGAGCGUGAGUGUUGGCUCACUCACUCGAGCAGGUGCUCUAUGAGCGCCUCCUCCAGGCCUUUCGGUGCGGUGCUGGCCUUGAGCACCUGCACCAGCUGGAGGGGAUAGGUGAAGCUCAUGGACUCACUGGCGACCGAUGUUGGUGCGGCAAGCACACAGCCAACCGCCUGAAUCACACAGCAACCACCACGAAUGAUGCACAUCUGCGUGUUUCCGCGUGGGGUCGUGUCAGCGUCCGUACCGAUCAGAAUGCGCCUUUCAAAGGGCGGUGCCUGCUUCCCAUUCUCAAAGAAAACCCGAG